AUGGCUCUAACAGUUGUCGAGGAAGCCAAACCGAAGCCUGAGGCCUUUAAAGAGCCCCCUGAGCGGGAGGCCAUUGAGAGUGGUAGCAUUACUAUUGACGGCGAACCGGCUACAGUCGACAGCAUAAUAAAAAAUGGCCAGAUUGUUUCGCAUACAUUACACAGACAUGAACCUCCAGUGACUAGCCUUCCGAUAAAGAUAGUCCACGAAGACGAUGAUAUUAUCGUUAUCGACAAGCCCGCUGGCAUACCAGUCCAUCCGGCAGGAAGAUAUAAUUACAAUUCUGUUGUUGAGAUGAUGCGGGCGGAACGCGGUCAUGGCUGGAACCCACUUCCAUGCAACAGGCUGGAUAGGCUGACUUCUGGUAUCAUGUUUAUUGGGAAGCAUCCCAAGGCUGCGGAAGAGAUGGCUGAAUCACUACGGGCACGAACUGUGCAGAAAGAAUACAUUGCGCGAGUAAAGGGCUAUUUCCCAGAUGGAGUCGUGCUAUGCGAUCAACCCAUGCUCAAAGUUAGUCCAGUGCUUGGUUUGAAUCGCGUUAGAGCUUCAGGAAAAGAAGCUACAACGAAAUUCCGCCGAGUGGCAUACUACCCACCCGUGAAGAAGGCCGAUAAGCCUGACGCAACCCCAUCCACUGGUGCAGAUGUGGAGAGUGCUACCUCACCAAAUCCUGAAGUCAGAGCUGCCACGCCUCCGCCGCCGCCUGCUGAUAUUGACGAGGGCUACAGUAUUGUCCACUGUCUCCCACUCACUGGACGAACUCACCAAAUCCGUGUUCAUCUUCAAUUCCUUGGUCAUCCAAUCACAAAUGAUCCUAUAUACUCGAACCGUCGUGUCUUCGGUACUAACUUGGGCAAAUCCGAGAGCACAGGCGAGAAUGACGAAGAGAUAAUUGCUCGACUGUCACGUAUGGGCAAAACUGAACCAGCCGAUUCCCUUAGCUACCAAACAUUCCAAACUCCUCCACCUGAGCGUGUUACCAAUGGCGGUGACCCUAACGUGGUCAACGAACUACUAGCACGCGAGCAUGACGUUAUGAUAAACGACUAUCUAAGGCGGAAAGGCGAGAAAAUGAAUGGGGAACACUGCGACAUAUGUGGGACUGAAUUAUACUCUGAUCCCGGCGUGCAUGAAUUGGGUAUAUUCCUCCAUGCUGUUGCGUAUUCAGACCUUACUGGCAGAUGGAAAUAUAAGAGCCAAAUGCCCAGCUGGGCGAUGCCUCCUGAUGGCGUUGAUGGGCCAAAGGUUGCGCCGGAAUGGGUUGAAGAUAAAGAUGGCGCCGUGGUUAUUGGGAAGGGCAUGAUGGAAGAUGAUGAAACAGCUUUGGUACAAGGGCUGGGAACCCUCAACCUGACAAAGCUAGCGCAGGAAAGCUCGAAUGCCGACCUGGCUGCUGCUACUGCCUAG